AUGCCGGUCAUACCAGUACAGUAUGAAAGUUUGAAGGCGAUUCUGCCGUACAUGGAAGCAAAUAAACGAUUCCAAAUAUCUCUUCAAAUGCCUUCAAUCAGCUUCCUUGAGAGCCGUAUACCACUGAAAAUCGAUAAUUUGACGUUUACAAAGUUAGAAACCACAGUAAAUGAAAGCUCCUACGGCCUUGCUGUAUACCGUGAUUACGGACGCAACGAAACUCCUUCCGAUGUGCAUCGUAUGAAUCAAGAGGGAGGGUCUCUCAAUGACAUUGAUCAAUAUGGACUCAUCAUAUAUCCGGGAGUGAACAACGUACUUUCAGGAGAUAUCGAUUUGAGAACAACAGUCCAACGAGAUCAUUGGUUCAAUACGGAAGAAUCGGAACAAACUGUAGUUCAACAACUGAGAGUUUUUAAAAUGUUGCUAGCUGAACGGUUGAAUCAGGAAUAUAUAGAAGACGACGAAACCAGAAAUGCAGUUGUUGGUGGUCCUUUGAAUGCUUUGGUAGAGACAUAUCGAAUAAUGACAUUGAACUAUUCUAUAGAAACUAUUCAAAACAGGAUUCAAUCGCUUCGGGACUCGCUUCGUCCGUUCAACAACCGUCGGGACAAUAGGAUUCCUCCGUGCAUUUCCUGGAUUCAAUUAUCCGUCUAUUCUCCAAAAAGAAUAACAAUUCAACGUGUUGCAUACAAUAAGUAUCUUUAUGAAGCAAGAAAGGCGGUGCACACGAAACUAUUAGGAAACCGUGGCUCGAGUAUUUCAGUGAAGAAUCUGAACAUUGACCUUCCCAAUCGAAUUCUCCGUUUUCCCGCGGCAACUAUUUUGAAAAUCGAAAAUUUAGAAGUUACAAACUGGAAUUCACGUGAAUUCGAACGGUUCAAGCAAGUCAUUCAUCCAUCAUCUUUUCCGAUUCGGCGACUGAAAGUUUCAAGUAAUAUUUUUACGGCAGAUUUUCGACACAUCAUUGCGAGAGAGGCAAAAUAUUUGAUUAUCAAUAAUAGUACCAAUGAAUUUGCUUCAUGGACACCAAUUCUUCUGAAUCUGACCAACCGAAGAGUGUGUUUGAAGAAUGAGAACACACUGAAUCCACCAAAUAAAUAUAUGGAUUUGAUUGGGAAUUGGCUGCAACAAGGGCGUCCAGUUGGGACCUGUUUCCAUAUGGGAAUCAAAAACGAGGAGACCGUGAAGCAAUGUUUGGACACUUUGAGACAGAGGCAAGAAGUUAUUGGAUCUUCUGAAAAAAAAGUUCAACUCCGUAUCAAUGCUGCAUUGAUGCUCGAAGUUUCUUAUGAAAUGAUUGAGCAACCUGGGAGAUUCCUGAGAAAUGAUCAAUCGAAGUGGUGGCUGAAACUAAGAAUUGUUCGUAGAAGAUAUGAUUAA